CACUAGUGCGAUGCACCUAUGAUAUGCUGCUGACUAUAUAUAAAUGCCCUGCGUCCAUACAUAACCACACCCAUUAUUACAGCCAAAGAGUCAACACACAGAUUAAAAAAGAAGAAAAUAAGUGAGAAUACCCUUCAUGUAAAUCUGGAGUGUGUCCAUCUGUACUGUUGCCAUGAAUCUCUUACCAUCCGCAGUGGUGCUGACACUGUGCUGCAUGAUCAGCUCUCUGACUGUAUCAGGAUCUGAAGAGAACAGUUUGAGCCAGUCUUUUAUUCUGGAUGCUGUCAAGGAAGCUAAAAGACUCGUAGAUGACACUUAUCUGUUCUCUCGUCAAACGAGCCUUGACAGGGUUCGCAGGGCUGAUUUCAAACCAUGUGAUGUCCUGCGUCUGAUGAAGCAGCCAAGUCGGAAGGCACGUGAAGCCGUGAGAAGUGCAGAUUACCUGGAGCAGACGUUGAGGAUCAUUGAAGAGAAAACACACCAUGCACACAAGAGAUCCAUCAACGCCACAGCCCUGCUUACUCCUGCUGACCUCGAGACGAUCAUGCGUCUGACUGGCUGUUUCGCUCAAACCCUGCCACCUUCAUGCAGAACAACACCAAAUCUUAACAAAUAUCGCACCGCCUCCAGCGUCUGCAACAACCUGAAUAAUCCACUUCAGGGAGCUUCAAACACGCCAUUCACCCGCUGGCUACCUCCUGUUUAUGAAGAUAACAUCUCUCAACCUAAAGGCUGGAACCAAAACAGGCUCUAUAAUGGUGUUGUGCUGCCUCUGGUGAGGCUGGUGUCAAACCGAAUUUUCAGCACACAGGAACAAAAUGUUGAAGGAGAUAGUCAGUACACAUUCCUCAUCACCUUCUUUGGCCAGUGGAACGACCAUGACCUGUCCUUCACCCCCGUGUCACCCAGCAUCCGGUCCUUUAGCAACGGCAUCCAAUGUGGGGCGAGCUGCGAGCGCUCAGAGCCAUGUUUCCCAAUCCAAAUUCCUAAGAAUGACCUUCGCCUGCCCUCGGGGCCCAACAACUGCCUCCCUUUUUUUCGCUCUGCGCCCACCUGUGGCUCUGGAAAUGGUGCGUACAUGUUUGGAGGCGUUCCGCAGGUGCGGCAGCAGAUCAACACUCUGACAUCAUUCCUGGAUGUCGGCCAGCUGUAUGGCUCUGAGGCUGGGCUCGCUCAAGAACUCAGAGACCUCUCCAAUGAUGCGGGCUUCCUGCGUGUCAACGACAGAUUUCAGGACAACGGGCGUGAGCUGCUGCCCUUUACCAAUCUGGACAGCAAUAUAUGCGCCACACGCAAUCGCAUUCAGAACACCACAGGCCUGGAGGAAGUGCCGUGUUUUAUUGCAGGUGAUGCACGUGUGGACGAGAACAUCGCUCUCACUUCGCUGCACACACUCUUUUUGCGAGAACACAACCGGCUUGCCCGUGCUCUGCAGGAUAUAAACCCACAAUGGAGCAGCGAACAGCUUUAUCAGGAAGCUCGGAAAAUCAUGGGAGCCUUCCAUCAGAUCAUAGUGUUUAGAGAUUAUCUGCCACUCAUCGUGGGAACGGAGGCUGCAAACAAGAAGCUCGGCAGGUAUCCCGGCUACGACCCCAACGUCAACCCGACCAUCGCCAACGUUUUCGCCACUGCUGCGUACCGCUUCGCCCACGCCACCCUCCAGCCCCUCAUCUUCCGUCUGAAUGAAACCUUCCAGGAACAUCCACGUUUCCCCAGCGUUCCUUUGCACAAAGCCUUCUUUACACCCUGGAGAAUUAUAUUUGAAGGUGGGAUUGAUCCUCAGAUUCGGGGGGUGAUUAGUCCGGCAAAGCUGAACAAGCAGGAUGGGGUUCUGGUUGAUGCUGUGAGAGAAAGACUUUUUGCUUUCACCAGCAAACUCGCCCAGGACCUGGGAUCACUUAACCUGCAGAGGAGCCGAGAUCAUGGCCUGCAAGGUUAUAACGCAUGGCGGAAAUUUUGUGGCCUGUCCACACCCAAAAAUUUCAAAGAACUGGGGACUGUGCUGAAUAAUACAAAUAUGGCACGUAAACUCCUGGACCUCUACGGCUCUCCUGAUAACAUCGACAUCUGGGCAGGAGGUAUUGCUGAACCGUUUGUCGCCGGAGGCCGAGUCGGGCCAUUGUUCUCUUGUCUCAUUGCCACCCAGUUUCAGAAGAUCCGCCAAGGAGACAGACUCUGGUGGGAGAAAAGUGGUGUUUUCACACCAGCCCAGAAAGCCGCGCUAUCCAAAGUGUCUCUAUCUCGCAUCAUCUGUGACAACACGGGCAUCAAGAGAGUUCCUAGGGAUGCUUUCCUCCUAAGUCGCAACAAACCAGGCUUCAUCAACUGCCAAAACAUUCAGGAGGUCGACCUGACUGCAUGGGCGGAACAUUAACAAGUGAAAGCAAGCAAGACGAAAAAAAUAAAUAAAUCAUAGUUCUAGUUAAAAAGUGUCUAGUUAUUAAGAGCUGAAUUGUUAUACUCAGCUGUCCUCAUGCUUUAGAAUAGUGAAGACUGUAAGAUUUGGAGAUUUGUUCCAACAUGAAAAACUGGAAAAGUGUCUGUGAUUUGUUGUGUCCUGUGUAAAAAAAAAAAAAAAAGACAGUUUUGUAGAUGUUUACAGUUCUUAUAGUUCUAAAUUCUGCCUACUUCUUCUACCAGUGCAGUUGAACCAUCAUCCCUCUUGGACCAAUGGUCUCCCUGGAAACCUGUGGAACUAUCUAUGAACAUUUUCCAUCUUUAUGUUUUAAUUAAAUUACUAGAAUUGUAUUUUAUUUACAUGACGGGAAAAUGAUAUUUCAAAAGACUUUUUUCUCACAUUGGAAACAGAAUGUGUUACUGUAAUCUAAUUCCAUGUGCUGCUCUGAGAAUUAUUAUAAAAUGUUUUUCCUGAUUAAAUAAGACAAAGUUGUUAUUUGUCCUAAACCACA